CACAAUUUUGAAAUGGGCAGCAAUCAAUCAACCAGAGCAACACAUUUCCACCGUCACGAAGCAGGUAAAGCCAUGGAGGACGUAUCGGAAGACCAUCACAUCAAUAUUUCUAAUAAAAUGGUUGAAAGGCUUGUGGAAGACGCUGCUAUAACAAAUGACGCGGGCGCUAGUUCUUUGAACGCGAAAGGGGAUUAUAAGGAGAAGAUAUUCAUUGAGAAGCUGAGGUGUAUGGAUGAUAAGCACACUGAGAGAUGCGGUUUAACGGUGGAAGAAUUAAACGCCUUGGUGACGCGUUUAGAAAUGCGAACAUCUCACAUAUCGAAAGAAGACCCAAUCUGCGAAGAUUUAAAGGAUAAAAUCAUUGAUUGCUAUGACAUGACAGCUCCCUCAGAUAUUGUUAAAUGCUGGAAUAUUGUUGGGGCUUUUACUCAGUGCGUGCAAGAUGCCAGCUCGAAGAGGCUCGAGGCGCGGUCGGCGCGAGAGGCGCGCGCGACGGCGCAGCGCACCCGGCGCGUGGCGCGCGCACGUGCACACCUCGCCUCGCACGACGACCUUACCGACGACUGACAUAUCAUAAUCUCAGUAUCGCAAAUAAGUGCUAUCGAAUCACCGAAUGGAAAUAGAGACAUUUAUUGGACAGUGUGCUGCAGAAACGUACCAACCUACAGAAUAAAAAAAUUAAAGUUAUUAAAUAAAAAAGUUAUGAUAUGACUUUAAAUAAUAUAUAAUAUCCACAAACAACUAUUUCUGCACAACACGAUUCAAUCAUAAAAUAUAAAUCAUAAUAUCAGGUACCAUAAGCUAAUUACAUUGUAGAUACAUACUUAUAUGAUUUGUUUCCACUGUUAUAACGUAUGUUUGUCGAUAGAUGUAUUCUUAAGAACUAACACAAUAGGCAGAAAUAUGUCACUAUUAUCUGUUUUAUGAUUGGAGGUUCAAAUGUCCGCGGAUUGGAAGGAUUUAAUUUAAUAAAAUAACAAAAAUAUUCCCUUUACCCCUCCCCUAUAAGAAACGUACAUACUACAAUACUUUAAUAUUAAAUUUAAUUUAAUUUACUUGUUAUAAGCUGAUGACGACACAAAAAUAAAUAUAUAAUUAUAUUUUAUACUUUAGAGUCCUCAAUAGUAAAAAAACCCUACUAAUAGAGAGGGCCCCUCUAUUGUGCGGUUUGACCUUCCCUCGCAUUUUAACGUUGAAUUUGAACGCUGCUUCGAGUUUUAUAAAGCAAAAAGUUACUAUAAUAAAGUUAUUUAAUUACAAAUACAAAUCACAAGCUCUGUUCGUUUGUUAAUAAUAUAUAUUUCCGCCUACUGUAUUAUUUUACUUAAUCAUUCGUAAAAAUGUAUUUUUAGUACUUAAAUAAAGUGUAUUAAUUUUUAUAAUGUACUUUAUCUCUUUAUAUUUGAUUGUUAAUCGAAGAGCUAAAUAUGCGGUAUUUUCCGCGCAGAGAACGAUUUUAAAAUUUACAUUUUUGUUUAUUACUUAAUCAUAAAUUGAUGAAUAAAAAGAUCGUGGAGAUGGAGAUGACUU